AUGCCCCACCUCGUCGCCAACUUCCUUCGCAGUUCCUCCGGCAACAUCUCGCAUAUCAAGAAGUCGGCCAUCUCACGAUCUCGAAACAACUCCCGCAACAACUCGCGGAACAACUCCAUCAGCGCAAGCCCCUACGCCUCCGACUCCGAGGACCAUGCUCCGCACUCCGUCAAGAUGCCCGAGCUGGGAGACGCCUUGAAGAAGCACCGUCUGGGGCUGCACUUUGGUCGCUCCUCCAAGCACGAGGGCCAUUCUGCGUUCCAUUCGGCUUCUGCUGCUCCCGCCGUGAAUGCCCCUGCUGUUAUGGACUGGAGCGUGGAGAGCCCCCCCAUUGUGUUUUACGGUACGCCUGAGGAGAGCACCGGCGCAUUGGUCUCGGGGCUCAUGUAUAUCGACGUCAAUGAGGAGGCGAUCGAUGUGGAGGCAUUCAACGCCAGCUUGAGCAUGCACGUUACGCAAAAGAAACCGUUUCAGGGCCACUGCGCAGAAUGCCAGACCAAGGUUACCGAGUUGAAGAGCUGGCAGUUUUUGGCGCAUCCCACUACUCUGCGUCGGGGGAGGCAUCAGUUCCCGUUUUCGACCCUUCUUGACGGGACGCUGCCUGCGUCGAUGGACUCGCCCAUCGUGUCUAUUUCGUAUCACUUUAAGGCAGAGGCCGUGGCUGUUCGAGGUCCCUCGUCGACAUCGUGCCUGCCGAUCAAGUUUGAGCGCACGCUGGAUGUGAAGCGGUCUCUGCCGGAGCCAUUGUAUCCUCACCACUCAGUUCGCGUGUUCCCUCCCACAAACAUCAAGGCUUCUGCGCACUACAACGCUGUUAUUCACCCCACUGGUAGCAACACUGUCACCCUGAAGCUGGACGGUCUCAUGACACACAACGAAAAGGUCAAGACUGUCGACUUGUGGAAGCUGCGCAAACUUACUUGGAAGCUGGAGGAGACCAUCAAGACAACCUCCCCAGCCUGCGAAAAGCACACUCCGGCACCUACUGGUGAUGAAGAACCGAAGAAGGGCAUUGUCCGCACUGAGACCCGUACCCUCGGUGAGAAGCAGCUCCACGAGGGCUGGAAAUCCGACUACACUGGCAAUGACGGCACCGUCGACUUUGAAUUCGACUACCUCGUCAACCAGAUCAGGGCACACUCCAAAGAGCCCAAGUACGCCUGCGACAUGAAAACGGCGGAAGGCACCGAAGUUACUCACGCGCUGCACCUCGAGUUGAUCGUCUCUAAGGAAUAUGCCGCCGAGGGCAAGACGCAUCUCUCCCAGCAGACUGGCACUGGCAGAAUUCUGCGCAUGCACUUUGCCGUCAAUCUGACAGAGUAUCCUGGCCUCGGUGUAAGCUGGGACAACGAAGCCCCUCCCGUCUACCAAGAUGUACCGCCUAGCCCGCCUGGUUAUCCUGUUGAGCCGCCGAUCGAGUAUGACGAUCUGGAGGAGCUGGAUGCCCUGCGAACGGGCUCGGAGCCUGGUUCACGACGACACAGUGAAUCUGGACGGUCAGCGUGA